AUGGCUAUUUUAUUUUUUACCUUAUCAAUCAUCUUAACCAUCCUCUUAUCAUGCAACAUCAUCAUCCAACGGCUCAAAUUCAACCUCCCGCCGGGCCCGAUACCAUGGCCCAUUAUAGGAAACCUUUAUAAAAUUAAGCCCGUCCAUUUUCGGUGUUUCUAUGAAUGGGCUCAAGUUUACGGCCCGAUAAUAUCGGUGUGGUUCGGGUCCAAAUUGGUUGUUGUGGUUUCAAGCUCAGAGUUGGCUAAGGAAGUGUUGAAAGAGAAUGAUCAAGAGUUGGCUAAUAGGAUUAGGAUCAAAUCCAAGUUAAACUUUGCUAGAGAUGGGAUGGACCUUACUUGGGCUGAUUAUGGGCCUCAUUAUGUCAAGGUUAGAAAAGUUUGUACACUUGAAUUACUUAAUAGUAAGAAAAUUGAGGCCUUUAAGCCCAUUCGAAAUGACGAAGUCACCGCCAUGAUCGAAUCUAUUUACAAAAGUGCCACAGGCUAUUCAGAAAAUCAUGAGAAAGGUGUUCUAACACUUAGGAAAUACGUGGGACAAGCAGCAUUAAACCACAUAACAAGGAUAACAUUAGGAAAGAGAUUUAUCAACUCCAAAGGUGAAUUUGAAGGGCAAUUAGGAAAGGAAUUGAUGAACAUUUUACUUGAGUUGAACAAUUUUAAGAGGACAAAUAUUAUAAUGUUGGGCAUCCAAUGGUUGCAACAUAUGUUUGAAGAUCAAGUCUUGAACAAGCAUGGAGAUCGCUUUGGAAACUUUAUGAAACGGUUCAUGGAGAACGAUAACAAGCUUCAUUUUGUAGAUGCUUUGAUCUCUUGUAAGGACGAGUAUGAUCUUAAUGAAGAGACUAUCAUUGGACUCCUUUGGGACAUGAUAAUUGCUGGUAAAGAUACAGUAGCUAUAGUAGUGGAAUGGGCCAUGGCUGAACUAGUAAGGAAUCCAAGGGUCUUACAAAAGGCCCAAUAUGAAUUAAACAAUGUAAUUGGACAAGAAAGAAUUAUGACUGAAGAAGAUUUUCCAAGGCUUCCUUACUUACAAGCCAUUGUCAAGGAGGCCCUAAGGUUGCACCCACCGACCCCACUAUUGCUACCUCAUCGCGCCCAGACCCAUGUCAAGGUCAGUGGCUACGACGUCCCUAAGGGUACAAUCGUUUUUGUGAAUGUUUGGGCCUUGGGUCGCGACCCAUCUAUUUGGCCCAACCCACUUGAAUUUUGGCCAGAACGGUUCUUUGAAAACGACAUUGACAUAAAGGGUCAUGAUUUUCGGAUGUUACCGUUUGGGGCGGGUCGUCGGGUUUGCCCGGGAGCACAAUUAGGGUUAAAUUUGGUUACGUUAAUGUUGGGACAUCUUUUGCACCACUUCGAUUGGGAUAUUCCUAUUGGAAAUCAACUUGAAAUGAUCAAUAUGUCUGAGGCUCCGGGAAUUGUCACUUAUAUGGCAUCUCCUUUGCAACUUGUUCCACUUCCAAAGUUGCCAAGACAUUUGUACAAACGAAUUUGGACACAUGUAUAGUUUGCGGGAACAUAUUUACAACGAAUUUACACAUGUAAAAUGUCUCUCUUUGACAAUGAUUUUCAUUUGGUUGAGUCACUUGUAAGCAAAGUUAUUAAAAUCGGGAUUCUACUUUGAAUCGGAAGGGGCUAUCAGAAUCGAA